AAUAAAAUAAAAUGUUUUUUUACCGUUCUUUUUGCGUUUUCGCCAAAAAAAAAAAAAAACCGCAUGUGGCAGAUUCUACUCUUGAAGUUGCACUUUCCACCUUAGCGCAAGACGGAAAAUUGCGCGCGAUACUAUUUUUUAUUAUGAUGAUUCGUUUACGUACUUUAUAAUCAAGCUAAUGACAAUACUUCUUAGGAAAAUUUGUAAUUAUUAAUUCAACCUUUUGGCCGUCCGCUUUUAUUACGUCAACCUUUUGAUUAUUUUUAAACACGUCAACCUUGUACUACUAUUAAUUUAUAUUACGUUUAUUUACUGAUUACCUGUUAAACCCUUCACAUUUUUUGAACUUAUGAGAUAGAAAAUCUGACUUGGCAUUUAAACCCCUACAAAAAUUAAAAAUUAUCACUUAAUAUUGCCAACUCAUCAACACUAUACUCCAAUUUUAAUUAAAAAAAAGACCUAGUACUAUUAUACUCCAAAUUUCUAAAUUCACGAUCCUCCUUUUCACCAUGUUCCUUUCAUCAUCAUACUACUACUCUCCAUUAAACACAAUACUAUUCAAUUCUUCCUUUAAUUUUCCUUCAUUCCUUUAAUCACCUUAUAUUCAUCUUUUAUCUUUAAACUCCAUUAAAACACACUCCAUAUUCCAAGUGGUGCGUGCCGUAGAAGACGUUUCGAGCAUAAUUGGAAAAAUUUAAGGUGAAAAUGGUGGACCAAUUGUUUGAUACUGUGACAUUAAGAUUUUGGCAUGGUGGUCAGUUUAAAGUGAUAGAUGAUGGGCAAUUGGUGUAUUUUGGAGGAGAUAGUAAAACAUUUGACCUUGAUCCUGAUGAGAUGAGUUAUUUUGAUGUGGUUGACUUGGCUAAGAAGAGUGGUGGUUACAACAAUGUUGAUGAAAUUUUAUACUUAAUGCCUGGGUUGAAAUUGGAAGAUGGGUUAAGGAAAAUUUUUAGUGAUACCGAAGUUGUGGAAAUGGCAAAGUUAGCUGUGAAAUUCAAGGUUGUAAAUGUGUAUGUUGUGCAUUUAUUUGUGGACUUGAAUAUGGCCUCCAGUCAUACAGAAAAUGGUCCCCCCAAAACACAACCAUCUAAAGCAUCUUCUUCUACCUUAACUUUUAAAAAAUUAAUACCAGAAAGGGUCCCACUUGAUGCUGUAAAGAGGACCUCCCCCCCAAAAAAGACUCCAGACCAACAAAAAAAUAGUGUGGAAACAUCUGUCGAUAAAUGCUAAAAGCAACCCUCCACAUGCUCUCAAAAAAUACAACAUCCACCCUUAUCUACUUCUACUAAACCAAGUCUCACAUCAGAAGCUCAAAAUCCUACAUAUUCAAAUUUUUCCAAAUCAACCCUUCGUCAAGUAGAUACUUCAAUUGAUGAUUAUGAUUGGACAGAUCAUAGGCCAGACAGUCCUUUAGGUUGGGAUGCUCUGGUUAGUGAUAUAAGUGAGAGCACUAAAUCAUAUGUGCCUUAUGAACCUGAUGAAGAUUUUGUUGGAAGUGAUGAAGAAGUUUUCUAUGAUUAUGAUAUAGAUGAAGAGAAUGAAGGGAUUUAUGGGGGUUUAGAGGAAGUAGAAGAGCAGUUUGUUGAUGGCAUACUUGAUAAUGAGAGUGAUAAUAGUGAUGAUGAGUACAAGGAUGUUGUAAAUAAAGUGAAGGUGGUGAACUCUAAACUAGUUGAUGUUGCUUUGCAACUCCAGAAGGAGGCAGCUGAAUGUAAGCUUAGUUCACAAAAUAAUGAACAAGAAGAUCAAGGGAAUGAGGUUGCAAGUGAAGUUGAUGGUGAAGGUAAUGACUCCGAGUACUUUGACAGUGAGGAUGACAUACAUACUCCACCAGAGAGUGAUAAUGAGGACAGAUCUGAAAGAAGAUCAAGAAGGGGGAUGUUAGUGAAUUCUGAAACUGACUUCAAGGGGUUUAAGUGGAAGGUCGGGUUAAGGUUUCCUAGUAGGGAAGCAUUUAAAGAGGUUGUGGCUAAGUUAUCUAUAUUGAAUGGUAGGAAUUUAUUUAUAAGGAUCAGCUCUACGAAAAGGAGACAAGAAUUAGGUUAUAAGUGUGUGCCUAACUGUCCAUUUUAUCUUUAUGGUUCUUGGCAUUCUCAUAAAGCUAGUUUCAUAGUGAGGGUUGUGAGGGAUAAACAUACCUGUAACAGAGAUAUGAAAAAGAAUAGACAACUUAAGUCUACAUGGGUGGCCAAGCAAUUGUUAGAGGUGUUUAAGGCUAGGCUAGUGUUGGUGACCAGAGAUUUUGCAUACAAGAUUAAAUAUGCAACUCACAAGUUGUUGCAUGGAUCUAUGAGAGAUCAUUAUAGUAAGAUUGGGAGGUAUAGAGAGGCAUUGCAGUUGGCUAGUCCUGGAUCUGUGUUAGAGAUUGUGUGUGGUGGAAAUAAACAAACCGAUCCCCCUGUGUUCCAGAGAUUUUUCACAUGUUUCGAGGGUCUUAAGAAAGGGUGGAAGGAUGGGUGUAGGCCUAUCAUUUGUGUGGAUGCUGCCUUCUUAAAGACUUUUCUUGGUGGUUAAAUAAUAAGUGCAGUUGGUAGGGACGGAAAUGAGCAAAUGUUUCCCAUAGCUUAGGCCGCAGUUGAAGGAGAAAAUAAUCUUUCAUGGGAAUGGUUUUUCAACCAUCUUAAAGCUUGCCUCCAACUAGGAGAUGGCACUGGAAUUUACAUAAUUUCUGAUGAACACAUUGUAAGUAAUUUUUUUUUCUCUAGUUUUAUUUAUUUCAUGUUUAAGCAUGCAUAUGUUUCACUACUUAACUUACAUUUUGUGAUUUUCUAUGUGAAGGCUAUAUUGAAUGCUGUUAGCACUGUAUUUCCUAAGGCUGAACAUAGGCAUUGUGCAAGACACAUUUUUGCACAUUGGCACAAAGCAUAUAAAGGGGAUGAGAUGAAAUUGUUAUUUUGGAAGGUUGCUAAAUCCUACAAUGAAGCUGAUUAUAAUGAUUCACUAAAAGAAUUGAGUGAUGCAAACGAAGAAGCUGCUAAGGCCUUUACUACAUACAAACCAGAGUUAUUUUGUAGAGCUUUCUUAUCCACUACCAUGAGGUCAGAUGCUAUUACCAAUAAUAUGGCAGAGACUUUUAAUGGAUAUAUAAUUAAUGCUAGAACUAAGCAUUUGGUUUAUAUGUUAGAGGAUAUAAGGGUAGCAUUAAUGGAAAGAUUAGUUUCUAAAACAAAGUAUAUGGAGAAGCAAACCUCAACCCUUUGCCCUAGAAUUCAAGCUAUAUUAGAGAAAGAAAAGACCAAGGCAGCUUGUUAUGAUGUUUCACCUUCCACAAACACUCUGUUCAAUGUUAGGCAUAACUUAGAUCAGCUUAAUGUAGACUUAGAAGCUAAGACUUGUACAUGUAGAAAGUGGGAGAUGACAGGAGUACCUUGUUGUCAUGUUGUCGCAUGUAUUUUCUUCUUACAUAAACAACCUGAGGAUUAUGCAGACCACUGGUUUACGAGGGAGGAUUAUUUGAGAUCAUAUGCAGGAAACAUACCACCUUGUGCUGGGGAGAGGCAUUGGCCAAAAGUGAACAUGAGGUUAGGCCCCCCUGCAAUCAAGGUGGGACCAGGAAGGCCAAGAAAAAACAGGAUAAAAGAUCUAUUUGAGGAUAAAAAGAAACCUGGGACUUUAAGAAGACAUGGGAUGGAGAUGACUUGUAGUUUGUGUAAGGUCAAGGGGCAUAACAAAAGAAAAUUCCCUAAUGGCGGUCAAAUUGGAAGUGAGGUGACAGAACCAGCACCUAAGAAAGUCAAGGGAAGGCCUAAGAAGAGCACUACAACAUCUUUGAGUCAGGUUGCAUCCACAUGUACACCUCAGGCACAACCUACUCCAGAGCACUUCACCACUACCGCACACCCCGCUCAGAUUGGUAGAGGUGGGAGAAUGAUUUUAGGUGGCCAAGGAUCAAAGGGAAGAGGAACUGGAAGGGGAAGAGCUACAACUAAACAAGGUGAAGGUCAGACUCAAGCUUUUCAAAGCAAAGGAAAGGGAAGGGGUCGAGGUCGAGGCUCCACACAAGUCAUUCCAAGUGGAGUUGGUGUGUUUAUUACAGAAGAUGGAACUCCCAUGACCAAUGCAAGUGGUAGAAGAGGCUCCGGAAGGGUUCUGACUAGUCAAUCAAGUCAAGUUUGAUCAAGAUGCUUCUGUUAUUGAAUUUAUCUAUGUACUAGACUAAUUUAAGUUAUUUGAUGGACUUGAGUAUGUAAUACACUUAAGAGAUGUAUUUAAGAGUAUGCUUCUGACCCUUUCUUUGUGAGAAAUCAUAGUUUUAGAUUAUUAUUAAUAUAUUAUAUACAAUGAAGCUUAGCAAGAGAUUGAAUGAAAAAAAAAAGAAAAAAAAGGUCCAAGGUAGGAUUGAAGAAGGCACAUACGUGCCACAUUAAGGCUCAAAAUUAUUCUUUGUUAGAUUCGGGUAUACAAAUGCGUUCAUUGUAUUAAAGAAGAAAAAAAAAACGUCAUUCGUCUUUUUUUUGAAAAAAAAAAUAUCAGAUGUAAAAAAAAUGAUGUUACAAGGUUAACGUAUUAAAAAAAUAAUCAGAAGGAUGACGUAAUAAAAGCAAAGAAUCAAAAGAUUGACUUAUUAUUUACAUAAUUUUCAAUUUUGGAAAAUUACAUCAGCAUUUUUACC